GAGCAGCGUCAACACUUCAAGAUGUCGUCGCUGAAUGACAGAUCAGUUUGGGAUGAAGUGGAGGAUGGCAUCGGCGAAGAAGUCCUUAAGAUGUCCACUGAGGAGAUCGUUCAGAGGACUCGUCUUCUGGACAGUGAGAUCAAGAUCAUGAAGAGCGAGGUUCUGCGUGUCACUCAUGAGCUGCAAGCCAUGAAAGACAAGAUCAAGGAAAACACAGAGAAAAUCAAAGUGAACAAGACUCUGCCCUACCUCGUCUCUAACGUCAUAGAGCUGCUAGAUGUAGAUCCUAAUGACCAAGAGGAGGAUGGAGCCAAUAUUGAUCUGGACUCUCAGAGGAAGGGCAAGUGUGCCGUGAUAAAGACCUCCACGCGGCAGACCUAUUUCCUGCCUGUGAUUGGUUUGGUGGAUGCUGAGAAACUGAAACCUGGUGAUCUUGUGGGUGUGAAUAAAGACUCUUAUCUGAUUUUGGAGACUCUACCCACUGAGUAUGACUCUAGAGUCAAGGCCAUGGAAGUGGAUGAGAGGCCUACAGAGCAGUACAGUGACAUUGGUGGCCUUGACAAACAGAUUCAAGAGCUGGUGGAAGCAAUUGUUCUGCCCAUGAACCACAAAGAGAAGUUUGAGAAUCUGGGCAUCCAGCCACCGAAGGGAGUUCUGAUGUACGGACCACCAGGCACAGGGAAGACCCUGCUGGCCAGAGCCUGUGCAGCCCAAACAAAGGCAACAUUUUUGAAGUUGGCUGGCCCUCAGCUGGUGCAGAUGUUUAUUGGUGAUGGUGCCAAACUGGUACGGGAUGCAUUUGCUCUCGCCAAGGAGAAGGCUCCCUCCAUCAUCUUCAUUGAUGAGCUGGACGCUAUCGGCACCAAGCGCUUUGACAGUGAGAAGGCUGGAGACAGAGAGGUGCAGAGGACCAUGCUGGAGCUGCUCAAUCAGUUAGACGGCUUCCAGCCCAACAUGCAAGUGAAGGUGAUUGCUGCCACUAACAGGGUGGAUAUCCUCGACCCAGCUCUGCUGCGUUCAGGUCGUCUGGAUCGUAAGAUUGAGUUCCCCAUGCCCAACGAGGAGGCUCGGGCUCGCAUUAUGCAGAUCCACUCACGCAAAAUGAACGUCUGUCCUGAUGUGAACUAUGAAGAAUUGGCGCGCUGUACCGAUGACUUCAAUGGUGCUCAGUGUAAAGCAGUUUGUGUUGAAGCUGGUAUGAUUGCUCUGCGCCGUGGGGCCACUGAACUUAACCAUGAGGACUAUAUGGAGGGCAUUCUGGAGGUCCAGGCGAAGAAGAAAGCCAAUCUGCAGUACUAUGCUUAUGGUGUCUUUGACUCCAUACUUACCAUCUACAGAGAAGAUGGAAUCCUGGGUUUUUUCGCGCUGGCUGGAGGUCUGCCACCUUAUGCUGCCGUUUAUCCCAACUGGCUCCACUGCUGGGGUCACCUGAGCCGAGAGGUGAGCAGGCAACAUGAGCAGAGGCAACAGUCUGUUCUUCAGGAAGUUGCCUGCGGGGAAGAUUCGGAGGGUUUGUUUGUCGGUUUUUCUCACUUAUAUUUGUCACUACACUCCUGUCCAAUCGGUGGCGGUGUUGCAGCACGAGCAGGUUUACCAACCGCACAAAAUCUACAAGAAGAAGAAGAAGAAGAAGAAAAAGAGCAGCGUCAACACUUCAAGAUGUCGUCGCUGAAUGACAGAUCAGUUUGGGAUGAAGUGGAGGAUGGCAUCGGCGAAGAAGUCCUUAAGAUGUCCACUGAGGAGAUCGUUCAGAGGACUCGUCUUCUGGACAGUGAGAUCAAGAUCAUGAAGAGCGAGGUUCUGCGUGUCACUCAUGAGCUGCAAGCCAUGAAAGACAAGAUCAAGGAAAACACAGAGAAAAUCAAAGUGAACAAGACUCUGCCCUACCUCGUCUCUAACGUCAUAGAGCUGCUAGAUGUAGAUCCUAAUGACCAAGAGGAGGAUGGAGCCAAUAUUGAUCUGGACUCUCAGAGGAAGGGCAAGUGUGCCGUGAUAAAGACCUCCACGCGGCAGACCUAUUUCCUGCCUGUGAUUGGUUUGGUGGAUGCUGAGAAACUGAAACCUGGUGAUCUUGUGGGUGUGAAUAAAGACUCUUAUCUGAUUUUGGAGACUCUACCCACUGAGUAUGACUCUAGAGUCAAGGCCAUGGAAGUGGAUGAGAGGCCUACAGAGCAGUACAGUGACAUUGGUGGCCUUGACAAACAGAUUCAAGAGCUGGUGGAAGCAAUUGUUCUGCCCAUGAACCACAAAGAGAAGUUUGAGAAUCUGGGCAUCCAGCCACCGAAGGGAGUUCUGAUGUACGGACCACCAGGCACAGGGAAGACCCUGCUGGCCAGAGCCUGUGCAGCCCAAACAAAGGCAACAUUUUUGAAGUUGGCUGGCCCUCAGCUGGUGCAGAUGUUUAUUGGUGAUGGUGCCAAACUGGUACGGGAUGCAUUUGCUCUCGCCAAGGAGAAGGCUCCCUCCAUCAUCUUCAUUGAUGAGCUGGACGCUAUCGGCACCAAGCGCUUUGACAGUGAGAAGGCUGGAGACAGAGAGGUGCAGAGGACCAUGCUGGAGCUGCUCAAUCAGUUAGACGGCUUCCAGCCCAACAUGCAAGUGAAGGUGAUUGCUGCCACUAACAGGGUGGAUAUCCUCGACCCAGCUCUGCUGCGUUCAGGUCGUCUGGAUCGUAAGAUUGAGUUCCCCAUGCCCAACGAGGAGGCUCGGGCUCGCAUUAUGCAGAUCCACUCACGCAAAAUGAACGUCUGUCCUGAUGUGAACUAUGAAGAAUUGGCGCGCUGUACCGAUGACUUCAAUGGUGCUCAGUGUAAAGCAGUUUGUGUUGAAGCUGGUAUGAUUGCUCUGCGCCGUGGGGCCACUGAACUUAACCAUGAGGACUAUAUGGAGGGCAUUCUGGAGGUCCAGGCGAAGAAGAAAGCCAAUCUGCAGUACUAUGCUUAGCCCAGUGAAGGACUGUGUGUGUGUGUGUGUGUGUGUGUGUGUGUGAGAGAGUGUGAGAGAGAAUGUGAAAGUAGUCCAACAGCAGGAUCAGGUAAACCUGUUCUACUGGGAUCCAGAACUGUUCUGAGGGAGACCGAUCAGCUGAAAUCAGACCGGACUGCCUCCCAGUGAUGACUUAUGGAAUAAUUCUCAAUUAACCUCUGUUUGUCUUUCAGUUCAUUAAAACACAAACCUUUUUUCCAUUA